CACCAUGAACCUAUUGGUAAUAGAUAUCUCUGUUUUGAAAAUUUGGAACAGGUACAGAGAAACUGAAGAGAGCUCUGACAAUAGAAUGAGUGAAGAUGUGGCAGCGACUUCGGAAAGGAUCGGAGAUUUUUUGCAGAUUUGGAGAAGACCCAGCCAAGGUUUUAUCAAGAUAAAUACUGAUGCCGCAAUGAGCAAGGAAGGCAGUGUUUUGGCUUUCAUAGCCAGGAAUGAAAAAGGGGAGACCAUGCAUAUUCACACUUUUAAGUCUGACGUUUUCAUCCCUGAAGUUGCGGAAAUGGAGGCUAUCUUAAGAGCCAUGCAGGCUGCUACUCGUUUUGGCUGGAGCAAAGUUUCUAUGGAGUCUGAUGCUGCUUUAGUAAUAUCAAGUAUUACGGCGAGAGAUUUUAAGUCCAUUCAUUGGACUGCUGAGCAGUUUUUCAAAGACAUUCUCUUACUUAUUCCCUCUUUUGCUAGUAUUUAUUUUGGUUGGGUACCUAGGAGGAUCAAUGGUAUUGCCGAUUAUGUAGGAAAACGGCUAGUAAAAAUAGUUUCUUUGGUCCUGUAGAUAGUUCUUUCUUACCCAAAACUUUUUUGAUAGUUUGAUUCAGGAAAGUGAGCCUGAGGCAACACCCUGAAUCGGGGCUCUAUUUGGCCCUUCUUUUUUGGUUUCUAAUGAAUCCCCCGUUUUUCACCCCAAAAAACCUACUUUAUUGAACUUUUG